GCUUACUUUUUUCUAUAUACCGAAGGUGAAAGUGAUGGACACUUUAGGAAAAAAUGCAUAAAAUACUGAAUGACGUAGUAAAACAACUAAAAUUUCGAUUUAUCUAAUACAGUGAAUAUUAAAGAAAUGCAAACGCCGGAAACAGGAAAACAAAAAACAUUCUAAAUAUAUUUUUUUUGUACACAUUGUACGCACUUUUAUUUACUUUCGUAUUAGGUUUCCCCUUCACUUGGCUGAUUGUGUCGUAGUUGCUGUUCCGUUUAUUACAGUUUUGUGAAUUGAUAACUGCUUUUGGGGCUGCUUUUCACACGUUGCUGUGUGUGCGGCGCGAACGUUUGUUGUUGUCCGGUUGCAAGAUGACUGACGUCUACGACGGCAACGGUGACUACGCAGCAUACAAUGAUGAUGAUGACUAUGGUAAGCAACGGAAAGGCGGUUGCGUUACAGGAGUGGACCCUCAUAAUGGUGAUAGCUCAAAUCAUGAUCUGCAUCAUCAUGUAGGCGGUGUUGUUGUUGGAGGUGGCGGUGUCGGCGUUGGAGGCGGUAUGGGAAUGGUUGGUGGCGGAGGCGGCGAUGUUGGUCAGUUAAACGAUAAAGCAAACGAAUACAUUCGUGAUUGUAUGGCGGAGAAAAAUCGAAUGGAUAGAAAGUUUCCAAUUGCCGAAAAGUUACUGGACUUUGAAAUUGAGAAGGUGCAAACUAUUGGCCGUAUACCGCCGCGGGAACAAAAAUAUGCGGAUAUUUAUAGAGAAAAACCAUUGCGUGUCUCUCAAAAAGUGUUAGUACCGAUUAGGGAGCAUCCAAAGUUUAAUUUCGUUGGGAAAUUGUUGGGACCAAAAGGAAAUUCACUGCGCCGUUUGCAAGAAGAGACACUUUGUAAAAUGACGGUGCUAGGCCGCAAUUCAAUGCGCGAUCGCGCGAAGGAAGAAGAACUGCGAUCGUCGACAGACCCGAAAUAUGCACAUUUGAACAGUGAUUUGCAUGUUGAAAUCUCUACAAUUGCUCCACCAGCAGAAGCUUAUGCACGUAUCGCCUACGCAAUGGCUGAGUUACGCAAGUACUUAAUACCUGAUAGUAAUGAUGUUAUACGGCAAGAGCAGCUACGGGAGUUAAUGGACAAUACUGGCAUUUCUGAUGAUGUGACCAAGUCGGCUUAUAAGAAAAUUUCACAUCAGCAAUCUAGUAGUAAUCUAAGCGGUGCUGGAGGACCAGGAGGAGGUGGUACUGGUGUAGUUGGUGGUGGAGGCGUGUUGGGUGGCGGUUCGAUAGCAGCUGCAGCAGGAGGCAGUAAUAUGGGCAUGGGUAAAAGUGCACAACACCAUGGGUAUAGGACUCCCCAAUCUUCGCAAAAUUUGCCAUUCAGUAAGAAUUCCGUUGCACCAAAACAAAAGGUACUCUCCAUUUUAGAGAAGGCACGAACUGCCAUGGAGGAAACUUAUGGACGUGGCUAUGAGGAUCCAAUCACAUAUGAACAGACCUCUUACGAUGCUUACCCAUAUGGACAUGGACAAACUACACAUGCACAUGCUGGACAUUUGCCAAGCAACGCCGGUAUAGGCACAUCAAAUAUGGCACCGCGUGGACCGUAUGAUGUUACCGAAUAUGAAACCGACUACAAUAGGCGAGACUAUUAUCCCAAUUCGUCGAAUUUCGGAGGUGGCGCCUCCGGAAUGCAUACAAAUCACAACACUGGCAUAAAUCCAAAUCAUAAUCGAAGCCACGUUAACAGGUGAAAUACGUUCGCCAGGUCACACACAAAUGCAAGUAUUGUUGCGUCGCACAUUACCACAGCCACAUCAAUUACCACCAACACCUCCCCAACCGCCAAAGUUAA